AUGUCCGACGGCGGACGCGCCCAGAGCGCCUCGAGCGCCGCGCGCGCUGCACAUUCGAGCGUCGCUACAAAUUUUCCGCCGCCACCGCUCGGUCGACCUCGCGAGCUCGCCCAGGUCGCCAAAGCGUCCGCAAAGUCGAAGAAGCGAACGAAAUCCGGGACGAAUAAGACCCCUCGACGGAAGGGUGAGUUCUACGACGUGGUGCGCGUGCGCGGGGACGGGCGAUGCAUGUUUCGGGCGUUGGCACUGGCGUUGGCAAACGUGGCGGGACGCGUGAUGACGUCGGGCGAGGAGGAACGCGAGGCAGAUGAGUUGCGAUUGGCGGUGGCGGAGUCGUUGUGUCGAACGCCGGAAAAGCGCCAGGAUUUCUCCGAGGCGGUGAUGGCGAUCUCGUACGAGCAAGGAUUGGAGACGUAUUGUCGAAGGAUAUUGGAGCCGGCGUUUUGGGGCGGCGAGCCAGAGCUAUUGGUGCUGUCGAGGCUGAUCAAGCGGCCGAUCAUGGUGUACAUACACGCUUCGCAGGCGAAGAACGCCGAGGGUCACGGGUUUGUAGCGAUUCAGACGUACGGGGAGGAGUUCAGUAAGGGUGGCAAGCGCAAGCCCUGUCGACUGCUGUACAACGGGGAGAACCAUUACGAUUUGCUCAUCUAA